AUGGAAAACAUAACGUCACAGCGAAAUCGUGAAAAGUUUCCGAACAACGGAUUUUUGUACAUAUUUGACAAACUGUCAGCAGACGAAAAAACUGAGUUUUGGCGAUGCGAACAAAAACGUCAUUGUAAAGCGCGCGUGCAUGUAGUUAAUCACGAAGUCGUAAAAUGUAUAAAUACGCAUAUACACGAUGCAUCUGCAGCUAAAGUGGCAGCAGACAAAAUCGUUACAAAAAUUAAGAAAAGGGCUGUAGAAACACAAGAAUCGACGUGCCAAGUAAUCAACGAAUGUACCCAAAAUACUGAUGUCGCUUGUCAAGGAGCUCUUCCCAACCAACAAGCUUUAAAGAAGUUAAUCAGGAGGAAACGCAAUGAAAUUAAUCAAGCUCCGUCAAAUCCUACAACUCUGGCUGAUCUUGAAAUUCCUGAAUGUUAUAAAAUGUAUGAGUCAGAACCUGGAACUUUUGAAAACUUUCUGCUUGCUGAUAGUGGUUCGGGGGCUGAAAGAAUCCUAAUUUUUGGCCGUCAACGAAACCUAGAAAUAGCAAGAACCUGCGAUGAUUUUUUUAUGGAUGGGACAUUUAAAAUUGCGCCAAAUUUAUUUAAACAAAUUUAUGUUAUUCUAGCAAAAAAAUUUGGAGGCGUUCACCCUAUUUUCUACGCACUUUUGCCUAAUAAAUGUAGAGAAACUUACGACAAAUUGUUUGGUAUGAUUAAAGUGUUACUGCCAAACUUCGAUCCAAAGUCUAUCACUUGUGACUAUGAAAUGGCUGCUUUCAAAAGUGUUUCUGAAAUAUUUCCUACUGCAGAAAUUCGAGGUUGUUUUUUUCAUUUGGCAAAAAAUAUGAAAAAAAAAUUGGGUGAAUUAGGCCUAAUAAAUCGAUAUAACAAUGAACCCAACUUUUCGUUGUAUGCCAAAAUGGUUAUAGCUUUGGCGUUUAUUCCAAUUGAAGACAUAGAUAAUGCUUUAUUAUCAUUAUCUGAUAACCUACCAAAUGAUGUGCAACCAAUUUUAGACUGGUUUGAGGACAACUACGUCGGAAGAAUGAACAGGAGAGGUAAUGGACGAAGACAGCCUUUGUUUCCUCACGAAAUGUGGAAUGUCUAUAACAGAACGUUAAACCAACAGGAUAGAACCAAUAACCAUGCAGAAGCAGCUCAUCGCCGCCUUCAGACGGAAUUAGGUAUGGAUCAUCCUACAAUCUGGAAGCUUAUAGACGGCUUACGAAAAGUGCAAGCCAAUCGUGACUUCUACUAUGAGCACCUUGUUGCUGGACACAACCCCCCAGUGAAAUUGAAAAAGUACAGGGAUGCCGAUCAACGUAUUUUAACAGUUGUUCGCGAUUAUAAUAACAGAAGCACUGUCGAAUAUUUAAGAGGCAUUGCGUAUAACUACCAAAUGAAUUUAUAA